UUGAGCUCGCGGCUGUUGGUGGAGAGAGCUCUUUUCUCCCUCUCGAAUUUUAGACGGUCAUAUUCCUGGCAUUAGUCUGGCAGCACCUUGCUCCUAGUGUCCUUGGAAAUAGCUGGCCUCCUUGGAUUAAGGCGUUUGCUGUAGAAACGAUAGCAAAAAAAAAAAAAAUCCUGGAUCUAAUGCACCACUAUUAUUUGGAUUUCUUUACAGCUACCUAUGGGGAAGAGUGUACAAAGUGAAUGAACGGAUAACUUAAUGAGUCGUAACUGAGGCGCAUACUGCUGGAACUUUGCAACCUGCUGCUUGCUUGUUGUCGGUGUGCGUAGUGUACAGUGUCGCGGGGGAUCUCUUGCCGGGUUACUUUAGUAAUCCACCUCUUUGCAUGGAUACAUCAUGGCUACUUUAGUUUGCAGGGUUCAGUUUUUAGAUGACACCGAUCCUUUCAACAGCACUAAUUUCCCUGAACCAACGAGACCACCUGUAUAUACAUUCAGGAAAGAUAUUCCUCUCGUCAACCAGAUUGCUGGAGUCCACAGGCUACUCAAAGCACCUCAUAAGCUUGAUGACUGUACUCUGCAGCUGUCUCACAAUGGAACCUAUUUGGAUCUUGAGUCUACACUGGCUGAACAGAAGGAUGAGCUGGAAGGCUUUCAACAGGAAACUGGGAGGGGUAAGAAGCACAGUAUAGUUCUGAGGACCCAGCUCUCUGUAAGGGUCCACGCCUGCAUCGAAAAACUCUACAACUCCAAUGGAAGGGAGCUGAGGAGGGCCCUGUUUUCCCUGAAGCAGAUUUUUCAGGACGAUAAGGAUUUGGUCCAUGAAUUUGUUGUGGCUGAAGGGCUGACAUGUUUGAUAAAGGUGGGAGCAGACGCUGACCAGAACUACCAGAAUUACAUCCUCAGAGCACUUGGGCAGAUCAUGCUGUAUGUGGAUGGGAUGAAUGGGGUCAUAGGCCACAACGAAACUAUCCAGUGGCUCUACACACUCAUAGGGUCAAAGUUCCGGCUGGUGGUGAAGACAGCUCUGAAGCUGCUGCUGGUGUUCGUGGAGUACACAGAGUCCAAUACACAACUCCUCAUUGAGGCUGUCAGUACGGUCGACACCAAGAAAGGAACCAAAAUAUGGUCAAACGUCAUGGAGAUUUUGGAUGAAAAGGACGGGGUGGACACAGAGCUGCUUGUUUAUGCCAUGACAUUAAUAAACAAGACACUAGCAGGGCUGUCAGAUCAGGAUUCCUUCUAUGAUGUGGUGGACUGUCUGGAAGAGCAAGGCAUUGAAGUUAUUGCACAGAGACACUUAAAUAAGAAAGGAACCGACUUGGACCUUGUAGAACAGUUUAAUAUGUAUGAGAUGACACUGAGGCACGAGGAUGGUGAUGAUGACAGUCAGCCCCCUCCAGCAGGUCGUAAGGACCGCAGAAGAGUGAGUUUGGGAGGGACUAGUGAACGACAUGGGCUGGAGCGGAGGAGGAGCCGCAGGCAUUCCAUCCAGAACACCAAGGGGCCGACCUCCUCCCCUGUCAGCUCCAAUGGCUUAAUGUCCUACAAUGGUCAGAGGACUGAGGAUCUCAGUGAAAAUCGAAGGCCAGAGAGCCAUAUGGUAUUCCAGGGUGACGACCACUCUGAGACUGAGAGCGUGUUUGAGGCUGAGUUUGCAACGUGGCCAAUAGAGGAAGAGGAGGAAGAGGAACAACCAAUCACAGAGCCUAAUACUGAGGAUGAGGGUGAGGAAGAGCCAUCUAGACAGGUCAAACACAGUGUGGUUUCACAAUCUCCAGCAACAGACAACGUAGAACAAGCCAAUAGCAUUUGCUCUCCUAAAUACAUAGCCAACUUCAUACCAACUAAUAAAGAAGAUAGGCCUCUGAACAACCCUACAGCAAAGAACUCUCGGACCUCCUCACCCAGGGCAACAGGCUCCACCGACCCUCCCAACUCCUCUCACCUGUUUGUGUCGCCACCACCCUCUGUGCUGUUCUCAUUGUUAGCCAACCGAAAGUCGCUGACCACCACUUCCAGAACUGGUUCCCAGGGUUCUUCCGCCAAUAUCACCCCGGCUGUGUCUCCAACUGUGGAGAAACUGCCCUACCUCCCUCAUUCUCCCUUCCAUCUUUUCUCUUACGACUUUGAUGAACCUCCUCCCUCUACAGUCAAGGAAACAGAGGCUGAAGCAAUGAGGUCCAACAGUCAAGCAGAUGCUACCUGCUCAAGCAAAUAUUCAGAUUCCAAUGAGCCCUAUUCAUCCAGGUACUCCUCCAGCAGAUAUGGCAGCAGCAGCCCUUACACCAGCAGCAGGUCCUACCCCACACUGAGUGCUCCCACGACGCCCACCUCCCACUAUGGAAAGUCCGUGUCACCCUCCCCGGACUCCAAAACAGACAGACCAGUGCUGGGCGGGCUGCUCACUUCCUCUUACCGACAGCACCAGGAGUCCCUAGCGGCGGAGCGAGAGAGAAGGCGACAGGAGAGAGAGGAAAGGUUACUGCGAAUAGAGCGGGAAGAGAGGAACAAAUUCAAUCGGGACUAUAUGGACAAGAGGGAGGAGCAGAAACAUGCCAGAGAGGAGAGGUACAAGAAUGUGGAAAGGUUAGCAGCAGAGGAGUACGAGAAGGAAAGGAGCCGCACAGUGCCAAGGGGGCGGAGCGAGCUGACCCUCAGCCUGAGCCCUCACACUGCGUCCACCUCACCUGUCCCCAGGUGUGUCACCCCCUCCUCAGCUGAGUCCCCGGAAGAGCCAGAGACGCCAUCCACUCCCUACAAAUUCCCAAAACAGGCAGAAGUAAUUAUCAGCGAACCAGAGCCUGAACCAGAUCUAGAACCCAAAACAGAAAUCGAAACGGCCCAGGAGCCAUUGACAGAACUUGAAACAGAACUUGAAGCAAAGCGGGCACCUGAACUGGAAUUGGAGCACGAGGCUGAACAGGAAGCAGAGGCCCAAAAGGAGGAAGUGGAAUCUCAGGACGUGGAGGGACCAGAACUAGAAGCGGAGCAGGGACCAGAACGGGAGCCAGAGGACAACACUCUCCUCAGCGAGAAGGAGAGGCAGAAUGAGGAAGUGAACGAGAAGGACAACUGUUCAGCCUCCAGCAUCUCCUCUGCCAGCAGCACUUUAGAGAGAGAGGAGAGAGAGGACAAGCUAACCAGAGACGAUGAGACUGGUCCAUGGGCACAAUGCAUUAAGGAUGUGGAUGUGAACGACCAGUGCAGCAAAAUCCUCAGCAAUAAGCUGUUCAUGUUGGACAUGUUGUAUGCCCAAAACAAGAAGCCACAGGAUGAGGAGGAGGAAGAGGAAGAAAAGAAAGAACAGGUGGAAGACAAGGAGAAAGAGGAGAGCGAAGAGUUAGUGGCCAGCCUAGCCAGCAGGAUCUCCGUUCUGCAAGCCAACAAGCAGGCCAACGAGGAGAACACCAAGAAGGACAUGGAGCACCUGGACAACCAAGGCAGUGUCAAGGCCUUCGCCGAGAAGUUCAACAGCGGGGAGCUGGUCAAGGGCCUGGCCCCAACUGAGAGCGAAGUCAGUGAGACGCAGCCAGAGAAACCACUAGCGCCUCCCAAGAAGGAGUCAGAUUACAUUUGGGAUCAACUCAUGGCCAGUCCUCGGGAGCUAAAGAUCAAAGACAUGGACUUCACAGACUUGGGGGAUGAAGACGACCAAGAUGUUUUGGAUAUGGACAGCAUUGUGGGCUCUGGGGAGCAGAUUCUUCCUCCCCCUCCCCCUCUACCAUCUUUUAUGGCCUUACCACCCCCACCACCUCUUUUUGGCUGCCCACCACCGCCCCCUAUCCCUGGCGUCAUGGCGCCACCUCCCCCACCCUUCAUUGUCUCCCAGCACAUCAGUUCUCCACAGCUGCUGCGGGGUGAGCCGUCCUUCCAGAAAAAGAAAAAGACCAUUCGGCUGUUUUGGAAUGAGGUUCGUCCUAUGGACUGGCAGUACAAAACGCACAAACGCUUUAAAGACUCCCUGUGGUCUAAGCUGGAACCCAUCAAGUUGGACACCUCCAGGUUGGAGCACCUCUUUGAAACCAAGUCUAAGGAACUGCCAGUCACUAAGAAAACCGCCGCUGACGGGAAGCGACAGGAAAUCAUUGUUCUUGACUCAAAAAGAAGCAAUGCCAUUAACAUCGGUAUGACAGUGUUACCCCCACCAAGGACAAUCAAGACCGCUAUUCUCAACUUUGAUGAAUAUGCCUUAAAUAAAGAAGGGAUUGAGAAAAUUUUAACCAUGAUACCAACGGUGGAGGAGAAACAGAAGAUCCAGGAAGCCCAGCUGGCCAGCCCAGACAUUCCCCUGGGCAGCGCGGAACAAUUCCUGCUCACCCUGUCUUCCAUCAGUGAGCUCUCCGCCAGGCUCCAGCUCUGGGCCUUCAAAAUGGACUACGAGUUAACAGAGAAGGAAGUAGCUGAGCCCCUCCAAGACUUGAAAGAAGGGAUGGACCAGCUAGAAAAUAAUAAGACACUGAGGCACAUCUUAUCUACUUUACUUACAAUCGGUAACUUUCUAAAUGCAUCAAAUGCCAAAGGGUUUGAGCUGAGCUACCUGGAAAAAGUUCCAGAGGUGAAGGACACUGUGCACAAGCAGUCUCUCUUGCAUCACACCUGCACAAUAGUGGUGGAGAAGGUCCCAGACAGCACAGACCUCUACUCAGAGAUCGGGGCUAUCACCAGGUCAGCCAAGGUGGACUUUGAACAGCUUCAGUACAACUUGUGUCAAAUGGAGCAGAGGUGCAAAGCAUCCUGGGAUCACCUGAAGGUCAUAGCAAAACAUGAAAUGAAGCCAGCCCUGAAGCAGAAGAUGUCUGAGUUCCUGAAGGACUGUGCAGAGAGGAUCAUCAUUUUAAAAAUCGUGCACAGGAGAAUAAUCAAUAGGUUCCAUGCAUUUCUCCUGUUCAUGGGCCAUCCUUCCUAUGCGAUCCGAGAGGUGAACAUUAACAAGUUCUGCAAGAUCAUCAGCGAAUUUGCCCUGGAGUACCGCACCACCCGCGAGAGAGUGUUGCAGCAGAAACAGAAACGGGCCAAUCACCGGGAGAGGAACAAGACCAGGGGCAAAAUGAUCACAGAUACUGAUGAUGACGAUGAUGGCGAGGUAGGGUUGCCAUGGUCAGGAAAGUUCUCCAGCAACACAGUCACCACUCUGAGCCAGCCCCAGAGCCUGGAGUAUGCAAAGGAUGCAGCAGAACAUGAGAGCAUGAAGGCCGUGCUGAAGACUAGCCUGCAGAGUGAGGAGAGCAACACCUCCGUGGUGCCAGGGCUCCGAACCCGAACCCGAGCCAACCGAGGCCGUAUUGGAUCCUGGAAUCCUGUGAAUGACGACUCCCCCAAUGCUACAGACGACGCGGCGGACGAGAUCAUGGACCGUAUUGUGAAGUCCGCCACGCAAGUACCAAGCCAACGAGCCGUGCCAAGGGAGAGGAAGAGGUCAAGAGCAAACAGGAAGUCAUUGAGAAGAACACUAAAGAGUGGCUUGACGCCAGAAGAGGCCAAAGCCCUGGGACUUAUUAGCACCUCUGAAAUGCAGGUGUGAAGAGAUUUUCAGUGGCUGAGUCCAGAAACACGUCCAGCACCUGGGUCAACCAACGCCAUGGCAACUCCAUCCAGCUGGCUGCUCUUCAACGCUCCUGGCACCCAAUCGUUUUUGAGCUCGCUUACUGUACAACUCAUAAUAAGAAAUACAAAAUAAUAAAGAGCUAAUGAAAAGGUUGUUACAGCUCAGCACACAAAAUGUUGACAGUUACAGAAAUCAGGAUUGCUCUUGAGUAUUUUAUAGGUUAAAACAUAUUGCUUUUCUUGAUUAAACUGAUUUGGCUAUUAGAAAGUCCCCUGUUGAGUUCAUUGUUCCUGUAUGAGUUGUGUUUAUGUUGGCUUUACUUCUGGCCUGCUCUUUUAGCUGUAACAUGCGCUUUGUCAGUAUAAAGAACAGCCUUCAGAGGGCAAACUAGGAUGCAGUCUACGGCUUUUAUAGAUUACUAUUUGCAGCAUGAUGCAACUGUUGUCUGACAAUAUACAGCACAGUGUAUACAAUAAAAUUCAAUAUUAACAGUUUUGUCAUACUACAAAAAGAUGAGCAUUUAGUUGUGAGCAAGUGUUUGGGAUGAACUAACCUGAGCACGUGUGAAAAGUGCAUUUGAGUAAGGAGAAUAUUUUUGUUUAACUAAGGUCAGCAGUAGGCAAUACUUUAUUAGUGUGUUUGCAAAGUAAUCAAAAGCCCACUCUAACAGCAACAUAACAGCGUAGUUUAGGAGUUUUAUUACAUUGUCUUUAUCUGUGUUGACAAGGAGUCUUUUUAGUAACUGGCCACAGGUUUGGCAAACCACAGUAUUGAGGAUGUGUGAGGGACAUUGCCAGGCAGAUUAGAUAAAGUAGAUGUGAAAGAGAGGCAUGUGCAGGUAGAUGAUCAUAGAAAGAGACCAACAUUUUUUUUAAAUUAUAUUUUACAAGUUAUAAGCAGUGAAAUUAGACAAAAAUAAUGCAGUAGCUAAUUAAGGUUUUAAGCAAAGCAGCCAGUCUUAAAGUAAGACCAGUGUGACAAACACGUAAUGACUUUAAUGGUGAAUUAUAUUUACAUUAUCACUGUGGCUUGUCAGACACUCCCUUGGGAACAAGGAGGGACUACUGGGUGAAAAGAAUGUUGUCAGCCUGUUGCUACUGGUAACCCCAAAAUAUUUUUUUAACACUUUUUUGUAGUGCUGUUUCCUACAUAGCAGGUAGAAAAUCAGGCAUUAGGUAUAUCAAAAUGGGGAAGGCAUACCUGGAAUGUCAUACCUUGAGGAUUGUUUGGAUAUGGUAUCAACACACAUUGGUGUUGGAGCAGCUGUGGACAGCAGGGAAUUUGAAGGAAGAGAGCAGUCAACUAUUAGAUUGUUUUAGAAUUGAACCAGGCAACAAGGCAUAAAUAAAUGUGAAGGAUAGAGUUAGUUUAUAUUGAAAGUAGGGGUCAGUCGUAGAAUUGCUGAUCACAUUUUUGUCAUUAUCCCAUUUUGUAGCACAGACCAAAAAAUAAAAAAAACAGUUAAGUAAUCCUUGGAAUGUAACAGUAUUGAUACAGGUGGCCCGAUUCUGUGAAAGGUCUAAUUUUAUUCAUUUAUGUUUGGUAUGACAGAGUAUAACGUUCAAAAAACAGUCUUAGAAACAUUUCCGUAAACUUCUGUAAUCAUUUAUUCAUGGUUUUUGGUAUACAAAGGACACUGGUAUUGCUGAAGAUGUAUGGCACCUUACUACAGAUUAUAAACACACACAAGUAUGUAUACUAUAUAUCCAGGUCUAUAUAUACAGUAGCAUAUAUUGAAGAAUAUGGUAGAUUGCAGAGCAGGAGGUUCUUUACACUGGCAAUACAGCAUUGGGUGAUGUACAGCUUGUAGUUGUAACAGUGUGUAAGGAAAAUUCCUUUUAAAGUUCCUCAUCCACUUUUUGGAGCGGGGUUUUGUGUGUGUGUGUGUUUUUUUUUUUUUUUUUAAAGGAUUACUUGUUAUACUUUUAACAUUGUCACAUUGACAUUGCUAUAUUUCUGCACUUUUUCUACCAGACAGUAUAGCUUGCAAAUUGGAUGAAGUACCAUUUGAAGGGUCAUCAGUUUUGCAAAGCCACAUGGUUCAGCCUCACGUGAUGCUUUAAAUAACUGUGGUAAACACAAAACAAUGGGAGAAUGUUAGUUUGUUUUAGUGCGUAAGACAGGUAUAACUUAUGCUACAAAUGGGAUACUAGCUUGUGCACACUGCGCAGACCGAGGUUUACUUGGAGGCCACUUCAAAAUCCUCAAAAUAUAAGAGACAUAGGCUUUGAGCUUGGGUGACUACAGGAAGUGUUUUAGUUCUAGAAUGCUUUGAGAGCACCCAUUGUGUUUUGUGACAUUUGUUUUCAUUGUUCUUCACACCGAAUGUUCCAUGACAAAUGUGAAAGACCACAUUUCAAUUAAUUAAAGCAGAACAUUUUAAACAGAACAAAAGUCUCAGUUCAGUGCUUUUCUGAAAGAUGUUUCUGUAACUAUUCAUCAUUAUUUAGGAAAAAUGUGUAUGCAAUCUGAUAUGUAUCAGCAAGUUUGGCAGCUGUGGUUUUCUGUAGCACUUCAAACACUAAAUGCUUAGUCUGUAGGAGAUUAGACUGUCUUCCCUAGGUCAGUCAGAAUCUUUGCAUCUCCACUUGCAAAAGUUAAUCCACAUAGAAUAAAUGAUGCCUCCAAGUCUUCCUUUGUCUUUUAUGAUCAUUUCCAAGAUAAUGACUUAUGGCGUGGCAUUUUACAUUUACUGUAUAGUGCUAUAAUGAUCAGGGAAUCAAAAACAGCACAAUCGUCAGAAAAAUCCAAAGGAAAAAAUCAGGACACAGAAUGUUCAACACAUAUACAAUCAAGUGUAUUGUACCAGACAAACAAAAGCAUCAACACCAAUAUAUUGCAAAUACUCUUAUAAAUCUCACCACCAGCAGAUAGCACAUAAGAGAACUAAUUAAUGUUGACUUCCUUAUGUAACUAAAUAACACGUCUUAGUUAGUAAGUAGUUACUAUGUAAUCCCUUUACAUUUUAAGUAAUUAGGUUAUUACUAGCAGUGCAAUAGAAUAAUCCACUAUAUUGUCAUUACUGUGUAAUUCACCUUGUAAAAUAGGCUGCUAUAUUUGUCCUAUCUUCAACUUAAGCAGGGUCCUUAAGGCCAGGAGGCUUUAAGUUUAAUACUGAAAAACAUCUAUUAGUAUAUACUGGCACCUUUUAUUCCAUUUGUAGCAUGAGAUGUAUUCAGAUUUUUUUCCCUCUGUUAUGAACUAAAAACAAAAACAAAAAAAACAUGUAAUGAUAGAAUGGAAAAGUAUUUAGAUGCAAAAGCCGAAGGACAAAUGCUGUAAAAUUGUGUAAAUGUCACUAUUGGUAUUGUUGUGUUUUUGUGUAGAAUAGUGUAAAAUAGGCUAAACUGCAGUGUUAUUCUGUGAAUUGUAAUUUAAGAAAAAAAUAAGCCAUGCAUGGUCAAAAAAGGUAUUAUCUAUGAAGUGUUGCUUAUUCUAGAUAAGGGAGUUUCGUAUGUGUUCAAUAUAAUGUUGAUGACAUUGCUUUUUCUGUUUUAUGUUUCUCUGUUUAUAAACUUGAAUUAUGGUUGUAGAAUGAUUUAUUCAAUCCAUCCACCUUGAACUCGUAUAAAAGCCUUAGGAAGCCUUUUUUUUCACUGAAUAGUGUUGCAAAUAAUGAUAUCAUUUUCUCAUCUACAGAAUUUCUGCUCAUUCUCUCUCUCUCUCUCUCUCUCUCUCUCUCUCUCUCUCUCUCUCUCUCUCUCUCUCUCUCUCUCUCUCUCUCUGUGCCAUGUUGUUUCAAAGUGGUGAAUGGACAACAACCCUGUAUUUAAAAAGUGGAUUCUAUCAGUUUUAGGCUCACCUGAACCGCACUAUGUAAACACAUAUUGCAAUAAAGUUUUAUGAAACAGU